CCACAACUCUCUCCCCCUCUUCUCUCUAUACUUCUCUUUUCUUUCCUCUUUCGUCUGCCAUGGCUCGAGCUCUGGCCGCUUCAGGUCGAGGAGGGACGGCGCGCUGCGGGACGGAGACUGCGUCGAGCUUCGUUUGCGGUGAGAUGGCUUGAGGCCGAGCUCGAAACUCGAGCGCUAACCAAAGCUCCGAGUUUGAGGUCGAGCGAGUGUCGUCCAUGGCUGGCUGCGAGUGUCGAACAAUACCCAGGAACAGGCGAGGACGACCCACGUGAUGAAAUCGCAUUAAAUAAGGAAACCAAAGCCGACCCAAUGCGCCUACGCGUCCGUUUACAAAACCCAUCUGCUCAUUUCCCUCUCCCAGCUCCGCGUCCGACCCCGCCUGGUGAGAUUCUUCAAGGAAGUUUGGGUUUUUACUUUUCAUUUCAUCUCCCCUUGUCCGUCUGCCCGUUCGGUUGUCGUCCCAGAGACCAUUUGGGAGAUGGGUUUGAUCUUCUCAAGCGAGUACCCGUUCCGCGGCCCCGCACAGGCGGUGACAGCCACGUAUGAGCGUCGGCGUGCUUGUGAGCAGGUCAGCCAUGAGCCAACUAGAGCUUGAGCCACGGCAGACGUAAGAGGAAACAAAAGAGAAGUAGAGAGAGAAGAGGGAGAGAGAGUAAAGGUGAGAGAGACCGAGUGUUAACGGAGAAAUGGUAGUUGACAGCUCAAGGUUGAAGGCCGAACAAGGCAAAGAGGAGAGAGGGGGAAAAACUUUUCAACUUCUAGGAGACUUUUUUUUCUGUACUAUCAUCUCGAUCGAAACGAGAACAUCGUCGGACCGGACCGACCGAGCUUUGAACGCGAUCGAUCGAUCAUCCCGACGAAAGAGAUGGUGGAGCUGGACGCGUUGCCCGAGGAAUGCAUCGCCCACGUACUCUCCCCUCACCACCCCUCUCGACGCCGCCCGCUCCGCCGCCGUCUCCCGCGCCUUCCGCUCCGCCUCCGACUCCGACGCCGUCUGGCACAAGUUCCUCCCCCCCGACCUCGACCUCAUCGUCUCCACUUUCUUGCCGCCGCCGCCUUUUGGGCCCUCGCUGGAUAGGAAGAAGGACGUCUUCCUACGUCUCUGCAAAGACCCUCUUCUCAUCGACUCCGGUCGCAAGAGUUUUGCACUUGAAAAAUGGAGCGGGAAGAAGUGUUAUAUAAUUGGCGCCAGAGAUCUGUCUAUAGUAUGGGAUGACACUUCUAGCUUCUGGAGAUGGAGUUCACUCCACGGCUCAAGAUUCCCAGAGGUGGCAGAGCUUGUAAGUGCACGCUGGCUUGAGGUUCACGCUAAGAUGGAGAUGCGACUUCUGUCUGCUGACACAUAUUAUGCAGCUUACUUCAUCUUCAAGUUUGUGCAUGGGAACUAUGGUUUUGAGAAUCAAGCAGUGGAAGUGUCCAUCUUUUGUGGUUCUGCAGGUCAACAACGCAAUAUAUAUUUUGAUCCUGAUGGGAGGUUGAGACAACGAUAUCAAACCCCGCACAAGAAAUCUCGGCAUGUGUUCCGCAAUGCAUCUGUGGCAAGAGUUAUUCGGGCUAGGGAGAAAAAAGCUCCUCAGGACCGAGGAGAUGGGUGGCAGGAGAUCAAUCUGGGUGAGUUUUUUGUGGAAAACCCUCCAACCGGGGAGGUUCAAAUAAGCUUGAUGGAGGUGAAAAGGGCAAAGUGGAAAUCCGGGCUAGUCAUCCAGGGGAUUGAGCUUCGUCCUACACAGAUGACUUCUCAAAAAAGGACUUCCCAAAAAAGCAGUCGUCAGCACAUAGGUCGACGGAGAUGUGGUGAAUGGGGAUACUGCGAAUGUUAUAGAUGAUUAUACUUCACAUAAAAUUUUACAGAAAAUAUAUUUACAAUGGGGGUGUUAGUAAACUGGAUUCUGUUCAAAGCUGUGUGAAUGUGCUUAUCCAAGAUGCAUUCUAUGUA